CAGCACAGUGACUUCAUCUUCUAGCUAGGUUCAUCACAUAAAAAGAAGAAGUGAAAAAGCUAAAGAUUGGAAUCACUACUUUUCCUGCUAGCUAGUACCAUAGUUAGUUACCCAGCACUAGUGUUCCAUUUCCAUAACAAACUAUGUUCCCCAACUUAUCCUCAUCUUCCCCUCCCUCCUCCUUAGAAAAUGAAACCGCCACCAACAAGCGCAAGCGCCGCCCCGCCGGCACUCCAGAUCCAGAUGCGGAGGUGGUGUCGCUGUCACCGCGGACGCUGAUGGAGUCGGACAGGUACGUGUGCGAGAUCUGCAAGCAAGGUUUCCAGCGGGAGCAGAACCUGCAGAUGCACCGCAGGCGCCACAAGGUCCCCUGGAAGCUGCUCAAGAGGGAGACGCCCCUGGUGAUGAGGAAGCGGGUGUUCGUCUGCCCGGAGCCGAGCUGCCUGCACCACGACCCCUGCCACGCCCUGGGCGACCUGGUGGGGAUCAAGAAGCACUUCAGGAGGAAGCACAGCAACACCAGGCAGUGGGUGUGCGACAAGUGCGACAAGGGCUACGCCGUCCAGUCCGAUUACAAAGCCCACCUCAAGACCUGCGGCACCCGCGGCCACUCCUGCGACUGCGGCCGCGUCUUCUCCAGGGUGGAGACUUUCAUAGAGCACCAGGACGCUUGCAGCAUGGGCCGGCAGACGCAUUCUCCGCCCAACUUGCACCACCACCACAAUCAACAACAGCAAACUGCCUGCCUGUCUCGGACAGCAUCAAGCCCCAGCCCCUCCAGCGAAACCGCCGCGCCCUGGCCCAUGAUCGGCCCAACACGUCCAUCACAACAUCAACAACAACAACAUCACCUCAGCCAGCAACACCCUCCUCCGCCGCCUCCAUCGGCACCGUCCACAUCCGACCACCGUGGUAGCAGCGGCAGGGGGCUCAUGUUGAUGAGCAGUACGACAACGGCUACUCCAACUUCCCACUCCUUCCACAAUCUCGACCUCCAGCUGUCGGUUGGGUCGUCCUCCGAAUCAAACCGGAUCCACAAUGCGGGCAAGGAGGAGAUUAGGGUGGCGAUGGCGGAGAAGGCGUACGCGGAGGAGGUGAGGAGAGAGGCGAAGCGGCAGAUCCAGCUGGCGGAUGAAGAGUUCGCCAACGCCAAGAGGAUACGCCAGCGGGCCCAGGCCGAGCUGGACAAGGCCCACGCUCUCAAACAACACGCCGUCAACCAGAUGAUGAUCCUCCACUUCACCUGCGCCACCUGCAGGAACAACCUUCAGGCCACGACGCCGCCGCCGCCGCCGGAUGAGAACUCGCUGGUGCUCAGUUACAUGUCGUCCGGGAUAACGGAUCAUGGGGAAGUGGAGAAACGAAGAUCGGACGGCUGAUCAUAUAACUGGUGUGCUGAUCACUCACUACUAGUACUACUAUUAUUGCUGCUAUGAUUAUUAAAUUAAAUUAACAGCGUUUUUUAAUAAGUGGACCUGUGAAUUCAUUUCUAUAUAUUCUCCG